GCGAAUCAAAGAGGCGACACAUUCCUCUGAAGGUGCGGUGGACUUUCCCGAGCUGCAGGUUGUUUCGCUGUGGGCUGAGAAAACAGCGCUUUCACUACGUUUCAGUGUAGGCUACGGACUCUGCGAGAGUAACGGACAGCCUUUUGCCCCAGUUGGACAGGACGGGGGACACGGUGAUAAAUGGACCGUGAAAAGCAAUCCAAGUUUGUACCUUCUCGUUUUCAGGGAGUGUGACACACUGAUUGGAGUUUCAUUUCAGUGGUUAUAGCCAUGGCAGACUGCUGGCUGUGGUGCCACCGCACCUGCUUGUGCUGUCUGUCCGAGGAGGAGAAGAGGACCCUUGCUGUGCACAAAGAGAUCCAGAGGAUCCUCAAGCAGCAGAAGAAGAAGGAGCAAAAGGAAAUUAAAAUCCUCCUGCUGGGAACUGGGGAGAGUGGAAAAACCACUUUCAUCCGACAGAUGAGGAUUAUCCACGGACGAGGUUUCUCAGAGGAGGAGAGGAAGGCCUUCGCCAAAUGUAUCUUCCAGAACAUCUUCACAGCCAUCCAAGCCAUGACAGGAGCCAUGACCAUGCUUAAAAUCCCCUACUCCAACCCAGAAAACGAGGUAUACAGCAAGUGGCUGGCGGAUGUAGACACAGUGCAGGUCACCCAAUUGGAACGGGCCCACGUUGAUGCAAUCCGCCGCCUCUGGUCAGAUUCGGGAAUCCGGAUCUGUUACAGUCGCCGCUGCGAGUACCAGCUCCUUGACUCCACAGAGUACUACAUGACUAAUCUGGACCGCAUCGCCGCCCCAGACUACAUCCCCACUGAGCAGGAUGUGCUGCGAGUCCGAUUCCCUACCACGGGCAUCCAUGAUUAUUCCUUCACCAUCAAGGCCAUCACUCUAAGGAUCGUGGACGUGGGGGGUCAGAAGUCGGAGCGUCGAAAGUGGAUCCACUGUUUUGAAAACGUCACCUCCCUCAUCUUCCUUGCGUCCCUCAGCGAGUACGACCAGGUUCUAGAGGAGAGAGACACCAUUAACCGAAUGCUGGAGAGUCUGGCUCUGUUCUACACCACCAUCCAUUCCCCUUGGUUCCACAGCACCUCCAUCAUCCUGUUCCUCAAUAAGACUGACAUCCUGGCUGACAAAGUCCAAACCUCUGACCUGCAGAAAUACUUCCCCAGUUUCUCAGGUAAAAGGAAAGACCCGGAGGAUGCCAAGAACUACAUUCGCAAGCUGUAUGAGCAGCAGGCAGUCAACCGUGAUAACAGGGAGGAGCGGAAGACUCUUUACCCACACUUCACCUGUGCCACCGACACCAACAACAUCCGCAGGGUGUUCAGUGAUGUCAAGGACACGGUGCUGGUCAAGUCUCUCAGGGACUAUGGAGUCAUUUGAACUUUUUACUCAGUGGUGUAAAACAGGAGGACAACAGUUGCUCUUGUCUGUGUUCGGACUGUUUAGCUCUAUGAGUGGAGGCUGAAAUGUCACUUCUUAGGAUCCCUUUGUGCGUUUGUGCUCUUCUCUAACCUCCAGCUCAAUCACUACACCACUCUCCCCUUUCAAGUAGAAAACAUGAAAGCAUUUUCGAAGAACUCUACAAGGAGACACAACAAGGCUGCGGGACUUCUGAUCUGGGAGCAAGGAACCAGUAAUCACACUCAUUUCUUUCAUCCAGUAGCUUUUCCCCAUUUUGAUUUUGCUUGUAAAGUUGAAGAAGUGUUUUGGUCAUGCAGUGACUGAAUUGAUUCAUACCUGAAGCAGGAGCAGAUAUCCCACGAAGUGCUGUGAUGCCAUUAAUGCAGUAAUGACUUUUACAAUUGGAUGAGGCUGUGCAUGGGUACACCACUGGAUGGCAAGCACAUAAAUUUUAAAUGUUUGACUUGGUACAUUCAGGCAUACUACAUGCUUGCAUACACUCAAACUGUAUAAACACAAAAGCUUUCAUUAUAUACUGUGUAUGGUAAUGCGUGAGUUUCAAACAACUGCACUCUUUAUUAUUUGACAUCUUGGAUUUUCUUUCCAUGAUUAAUGUCACCACAGUCUUCAAUUUUUUUCCACACAUGCUGUGCUCCUGUCAGUUUGCCAAAAAUCCCUAUUGAUUACAGUUAUCUUGUACUGGCAAUAAUUCUUCCAGACUGUUUUUAACACAUCUGUUCUGCACAGCUCCCAUCAUGCAACUGCCACCUGUUGAGUCCACGGUUUCACUUGCUCAUGAAACUGACGUGAGAACAGCCUUACAUUUCACCGUCAGUCUUAAUUUUUCACUGUGAUUGUGAACGUUCACACGCAAUCAGUUACUCUUUCUAGGUUGAAUGGUUUAUUAGGGAACGCCCUACAGGUGUGUUCAAAAAGAGAAGGAUACAAGAGGACAAUGAACAUUUACUGCAUGUGUAAAUAACUCCGCAGCCAGUACAAGCAAUUACUGACAAGAAACAAAGGAUAGUGGGUAAAAGGAAAAGUCAUACAGUUAUUCAUACAGAGACCAAAUGCUUCUUUCUUUUUUAAUUAAUUUUCUCCCUGUAAGUAAUUAAUUGCAUUUCUUAGCCCAACACCAAUUAGUGUAGUGUAGAACCACUGAGCAGUGGGUAAGAUGGCAGAUAUGAUGCUUUUUUUUUUUUGGUAGGAGGGUGAUUAGGCAACCCACCUGUUGUUGUGACACAACCAUUUUUCUGAAGUGUCCUAAUGCAAUACAGUGAAUCCUGACCAACUCCAUUGGAGCUUUUAUGCUUCUACACACGUUUUAAUGGACUUUAAUGGAAUGCACAGUAAAGGGGAAGUCCUGACCAGGCCCAUUAACAAGCUCCAAGUUGUUUGCCAUUGAUGUUUUAUGAUAAGAAUAACUGAAAUUUGGGUGGUUUAGGUCCAAAACACUGGAAAAAGGUUCUUUACAACAGAUAUAAUCUAUAUUUUUAUUAACAAUUUUCUCUUAUUUUUAAUGGAAUCACAUCAUUACUUGUAUAUGAAAGGAAUCGCCCUUAGUGACAAACCCACAAGGAUUUAUCACCCAUAUCUGUAGCUCUCUUAGCUGCAUGUAGCUCUAAUGAGCCUUUCAGCUCGUUGUUUUGGUAUUCCGGCAGAUAAAUUAAACGUCUUACUGCUGCCAUUGGCAUAACUUCCAGACAUAACGAGCAGCUCUCUCAUACCCACUGUACAUUACCUGCUCAGCACCAAAUGGCAAACAGACACAGUUGGUGACUAGGUGCGGAAUAUAGUGGAGCGUUUAAAAGCAGAGCUAAAAGGAGAGUGAAUACUGGACUUAGAUUCAUCAUGUGGUGAGAAACACAACAGGAAAUAAAUGAUGAUGUUGUUCUAUACAUGCUGAAUGUGUAAAUAGGCAGCUGUUUGCUAACAGUUUGCCAUAUUAACCUGAUGAUGAUCAUGUCACAGUUGUCUUUACAACAACCGUCUUGUUUCUACUGCAUCCAGGUGCCCCAAUAAAUGAAUUAAAUUAAAUUAAAUCAGUUACAGCAGAUUUAAGUGCUUUAAUGUCCAUUUUAAGUGUCUGAAAUGUGAAUGUUUAAUACUUUUCAACAGUCAUUUUCCAUACAGCAAUAAAACCAACAGCAGCUUUCUAACAGUACAACUACAAGCUGUACGUUAGAUUCUAUUUAUUAAGUCCUUGUUGAACCUCACAGACAUGGCUCAGAGGAUUCUGCACCAAUAUAUUCAUCACUCUCCCUUCAAUAUUCUCCUCAGCUCAGUUAAUAUACUUCUUUAAAAUACCAUGAAUCUGAGCCCAGAUUACAGAUGGGGGCUGUCAAGUUUCAAAAGGUCACAAAUGAAGAGAGACUCUGAGAAAGCAGCUCAAUUCACAGUGCGAGUUCAAUCAACAGAGUAAAAAACCAUCCAACAGGGGGUCUAAUAGGUAAAGGGUAAAGAAUAUUAAUUUGGGGUGACAGUGUGAACUCGCUCUCCUUGUGUGUCCCAUUUCUACCAGUGUGUGGAUAGGGGACAUCUGUAAUAUUGAUCAGGAGUGUGAGUUCUACCCCAAGUGUCAGUGAAUUCACUGACCUUGACAGGAACCCACAGUCAUCACAACGUGUUUGUUAAAGUAUGUGGUUUCAGCUGCUGUUUUUCUAAUUGUAUAUAAAGUAUUUUGAUCUCUCCACUGCUACUUCAUGUAUUAGUAACUAGCUUUAUGAUGCCUUUAAACACAAAUGUCUAAUUUAACUGUACAUUUUCUGAUGACUACUUUCAAUUGAUUUUAACUGCUGUAUUUUUUUAUAUUGUUUACUAUCAACACAUAAACUGUGACCAGAGAGUGAUUGCUAGCGAGCUACUUUUCAGACUCGGGUGGAGGAAGCAAGGAUUUGUUUUCUCUUGUUAUAUUAAAAACAAACG